AGGGAGGCCCUGCAUAUUGACAUGCUAUGGAAUUGUUGCCUUCGUCUACGUGACACUUUUAUUUCUAGGAGAGAUGGCUAUGCAGUAUCCGGUUGCAGUCUGGGACCCAUGGGUGAUCAGUAUUAUAUUCUGGGUAUUCCUGGUUUUAAUCAAUGUUUCUCACGUGGGGGCAUAUGGAGAAUUAGAUUCACACAUACUGUCUCAAAAUUAUGUGUCAGUAUAUCACUUUCACCAACCACGAAUGGCAUUAAGCGCCAUCCUGCGAAUUGGCCGAUAAGAUACGCAAAUACUAGAGUGUCGUAAGCGUUGCGACGAAGAUCAGAUAUGUUUAUAAUUACAGUACAUGGGGAACUCGUUGACAUGCCAGUUUUGGAAUGUAAAUGUCAACAGAAAUCUCACCAAAGGUGUGUUCUG